AUGGAAGUACAAAAUGUUGAAAAUGAUGUACAAAUAAUUUUUGAGACAAGUACCCCAUCUGCCGGCACAGGACGUAAUUUACAAGUGCAAGAAGAAUUACCAGAAAUUACACAUCCAAGUCCAUCUACAUCUACAAGUGCCCCAACGAGUAUGCAAGGAGAAUCAGCAGAGACUGUAACUUUAUCCGAGAGUAUUCUGAAUCCUACAAAUAAUCGAAAUUCUUCUAAGGAUACAGAAAACAAAAAUGUACAUGAAGAUGACUCCACCUUAGAACAGUACUUUUCCCAAUUUCAAGCCUAA